AUGAGCAGUCGGGAGGUGGUCGCUCUGAGCGUGGGAGGUGUGAGAUUUGUAACCCGGGCGUCCACCUUGCGGCAGUUCCCCGAGUCCAGGUUAGCACGGAUGUUGAGCGAAGACGACCAGGAAUUUAAGCUGGUGAACGGGGAGUUUUUUGUGGACAGGGACGGAACUUUGUUUAGUUACAUCCUGGACUUUCUGAGGACUCUGCAGGUCUCUCUGCCUGCUGAUUUUUCGGACUUCGAGAGGCUGCGCAGAGAAGCAGAGUUCUAUGAGCUCUACCCUCUGGCUGACCUUCUGGGCCAGGAACACCUGCUGAAGCCAAGGCUGGAGAUCCUGGAGGUGCGUUUUUUCCUCCAGGAGACGCAGGCUUUUUUCCGCAUCUUUGGUUCCUGCAGCACCACCGUGGAGAGGCUGGCUGACCAGAUCACCGUGUUCAUGGGGCAGAGCUGGAGUAGCCCUUUUCCUUCUCAGAAACCACUUGUUCCACUUCCCUCGGAAAGACCUUCUCAUCACGACCUGGUUUUUCAGUGUGGAACUGAAUAUGCCACCGGUGACCAGUUUGUGGCCAGGUAUGUUUCCAUAAAGCCUGACAAUAGGAAGCUGAUUAAUGGUGUUAAUGUGCUGGGCCUGCUGGUUGACACCUUACUCAAAGACGGAUUUCGCCUCGUAAGCACCAGGACAGUUUCCAGUGAGGAAAAAGUCGAAUGCUACAGCUUUGAAAGGCUGAAGAGGCCAGCAGGCCUCGCCGUCACGGUGAGCCAAACCCCAGGGAGCUCUGGGACAGCGCAGGCAAAGAGAAGCCACAUGCAGAAGGGGAAAUAAAGCCUUUUCCUGUAAUCUUUUGAAGGUGGAAGAGGGGUGUGUCAGCACCAGUGGCCUUUUUUGUUUGCUUGUUUGAAACUGCAGCUAUUGAGGGAAGUAACAAACAAACAAUUUUUUUUUAAAGUAUUUGGAAAAAAAUUGUCUUCCUGCCUUUGACUGCUCCACCCUCUUCAAUUCUAAAUAAACGAGCCACAGAUUCAAUACUGUUUUUGUGGACCAGAUUCCAGUAUUUUCAAGGGCUGUUUUUGUUUUUCUCUGUGGCUAACAUUUAUGUUAGGACUCACAGAAAAAUCAGCCCCUCCUUCUAGAAACUAAUUUUUGUUCUGUGCUAAAAUGUAAGUAGACUUCAGAUGUGAGAAUACACGGAGGAAUAAACAACGUGACCCGACUCUCCUCUGAGCAGUUUGGAGAAGUGGCUGGAGGAGCAGUGCGAACCGGAACGAUCGGAUGCUGCUUCUGCUUUCAGGAGAGGACCUCCACGGAUUCUCCUGCGCUUAGCUGAAAGCAACAGCAUGGCAAGAUCACAAGUUGUGUUGCUGUGUGACUCAAGACAUGAGAACGUGGCUUUGUGAAGCCACCACUAGCGUUCAUGGAGUAAUAAUGUGUUACUGUCUCUUGCAAAAUACUCCUCUGUCCUCUUCCCCUCAUCUGAAGCCACUGAGCUGCUCUUUGGCGCUGAGAAUUAAGCGAUAAAGGUCUGCAGAAAACACUUGGGAAGUGAACAAAGGGUCAGUUUUCAGAGCUGUAACUGUAAGAAGAAUAAAAAUAUGAUGAACGGUCCUUCAGAUGGAAGAGGUGGUAAAAUAUUUAACAAAAUUAAAGCAUCUUUUUAAUGCUUGCUAAAUACGAAAUGUAUUUAGGAGGAAGGCUGGGCAGAAGUUGCUUUAAAAGCCAUGGGGAUGUUAACCCUGUACGAUGCUUUGUAAAGAUGCCCAAAUUAUCUCAGCUUCCAGGCAAGUUAAUGAAGCUUCGUAAAUUAAGAACCUUUCAUCCUGCCUCCUGGGCAGGAAAAAAAUCAUGGCAACAUCAAGUAUUUGUUAUUUGAAGCUGACUUUUGUUUUUGUUGAUAAAACACCAUCUUUCCAAAGUUACAUCAGCCUCUUUGGCUGACUAAUUAGAUCUGGCUUACAAUGAACUUUAAAAUGUGAAUUUAUUUGCAGCACUUAAGAAUGAGAGUGGUGGGGAUCACCCUCAUGUUCCUUGCCUGUAGGAUUUUCAAUGAAAUGGAUCAUUCCAGACUGCUGAUGCCACUGUUGGAUGUUGGUUUUAGUUGGAUGUUGGUUUUAGUUUGUUGCUACAAUAAAGCAUUUUAGCUCGACACAAAGUCGAGAGUUCGCUGGCAACAAUUAGGUUCUCUUUGCUUCUUUUAGAGCUUCCUAGCAGGGAAAUAACGUGAUUAUGGGACUAUGUCUCCUAAGCAGCUUACAGGUUAUAUACAUUAUGAUGUUCUACAUUAUAUAAUGUGGAACAACAGCCUGGAUGCCUUCGGUUCAAACUGGAUUAAUUUUUUUUGGUCAAUGUGUUAAAGUGUUGAGCACAGCCCUUUUGUUAGGCCUCUGUUUAUUGUAUUUACUUCCUCCUAACUACAGUUGCGACAGUGGAACAAGGAACCAGCCCCUUCCAAACUUGCAGGGCUGCUUCCACGUGAUUUCGGCUUGCCCCGAGGCCCCAGGCCAGCUGGGUUUGCAGACUCUGGAUGGUUCUACCCUGCUGGGAAGGUCUGCGUCAGGAGCCACACAAUGGUGGACUUUGUGGUUGGCCUAUUGAAGGCAGAUUUAGGGUGGCACAGCAGACAGGCCGUGUGGGACGACUGCCCCGGCAGGGUGCUGUACAAAAACAACACUCCUUGUUUUCAAAGCAGUUGGUUCGUUUUGAGGUACACGUACUGACUUUCCAGAAAAGUUCCCGUUCCUCAAAUCGAAAUAGAACCAAAACCAAUAAUUAUGAGUAUUGAAUGAGUCACUAACUGUGAAUAUUAGUGAGGAGACUUACCAAUAAUAGCAAGAAGACAAAAGUGACAACUUUUUAUGGCAAAGAGAAAACUAAUGGACUUGAAACUGUAUUUAAGCAUCAUGAUAUAAAUGAUGGCUGACAGCAACACUGUAACUACAUGAGAACUGUUUUAGAACCCUUUGUAGUAACAAAGUUAGGCUAUUUCACCUACUGUAGAAGUAGAGUUUAUUUUCACUGCUGUAGCAGCCAUUUUGCAAACUGAGUUUGGACUCCUUUAAAAUGAAGUGAAAGAAAAUUUGAAAUAUUUACAUUUGGAUUAAAAAAAAGCUUUAACCUAUGUCAUUACUCAUGCUCCAUGGUUCUGCCUAAAUGAAUACUUAAUACAAGGAUUUCGCAGAACCACAGCACAGCAGAGGCUGUCAGGGAGCUCUGGAGGCCCCCAGCCCCAAGCCCCGCUCCAGCAGGGCCCCCCAGCGCAGGGUGCCCAGGACCCCGUCCAGGCGCCUUGUGCCGCUCUCCCAGGAGGAGACCCCACAGCCUCUCUGGGCAGCCUGGGCCAGUGCUCAGCCGCCCGCCCAGCACACAAGUGCUGCCUGGUGCUCAGAGGGAGCCUCCUGCCUGCCCCUUGGUGCCCACUGCCCCUGGCCUGGCGCUGGGCACCCCUGACAAGAGCCUGGCUGCGGCCU